GUUAACGGGUUAUCGGGCGGAGAUGGUCGGCGGCGGCGGCGGAGGGAGGACGAGGGUGGGGAAGUAUGAGCUUGGGAGGACGCUGGGAGAGGGGACGUUUGCGAAGGUGAAGUUUGCGAGGAACAUGGAGACUGGUGAACACGUAGCCAUCAAGAUUCUCGACAAGGAGAAGGUCUUGAGGCAUAAAAUGAUUGGCCAGAUUAAACGAGAAAUCACUACUAUGAAAUUAAUCAAGCACCCAAACAUCAUACGGAUGUAUGAGGUGAUGGCCAGCAAGACCAAGAUAUAUAUUGUUUUGGAGUUUGUGACUGGCGGUGAGCUCUUUGACAAAAUUGCUAGUCGCGGGAGGUUGAAGGAGGAUGAAGCGAGAAAAUAUUUUCAGCAGUUAAUCAAUGCUGUAGACUACUGUCACAGCAGAAGUGUCUUUCAUAGGGACUUGAAGCCAGAAAAUCUAUUGUUGGAUGCUAGUGGGGCUCUCAAAGUAUCAGAUUUUGGGCUAAGUGCACUACCUCAACAAGUUCGUGACGAUGGCUUGCUUCACACAACAUGUGGUACUCCAAAUUACGUUGCUCCUGAGGUGAUCAAUAACAAGGGAUAUGAUGGGGCUAAAGCGGAUCUUUGGUCAUGUGGAGUAAUCCUUUUCGUCCUUAUGGCGGGUUACCUUCCUUUUGAAGAUUCUAAUCUUAUGGCACUAUAUAAAAAGAUAUUUAAAGCAGAAUUCUCGUGCCCUGUUUGGUUCUCCACAAGUGCAAAGAAACUUAUCAAGAGAAUUUUGGAUCCCAAUCCCCAAACUCGUAUUACUAUCUCUGAAGUGAUAGAGAAUGAGUGGUUCAAGAAAGGCUACCAGCCACCAAGUUUUGAAACUGUGGAUGUCAAUCUGGAUGAUGUUCACAGUAUUUUCAAUGAAUCGGGGGAGCUGGCGAAUCUUGUUGUUGAGAGACGAGAUGAAAGACCCUCUGUGAUGAAUGCAUUUGAACUUAUUUCCACAUCUCAGGGCUUGAAUCUAGGAACCCUAUUUGAGAAACCAAUGGGGCUUGUGAAGCGGGAAACAAGAUUUACUUCAAAACUACCUGCAGAUGAGAUUCUCUCGAAAAUUGAGCAAGCAGCAACCCCGUUGGGAUUCAAUGUUGAGAAGCGCAAUUAUAAGUUGAAGCUGCAAGGUGAGAAGAGCGGAAGAAAAGGCCAUUUAUCUAUAGCUACAGAGGUUUUCGAAGUAGCGCCUUCGCUGUGCAUGGUGGAGCUCCGUAAGGCAAAGGGAGACACUCUCGAGUUCCAUAAGUUCUAUAAGAACAUGUCGACGGGAUUGAAAGAUAUCGUAUGGCAUCAACAAGAAGAGGCGAAGGGUGCAGCAGCUUCAGAUAUGGUCAUUUUCCUUUUCGAGAUCGAGAGGAAUCGAGAGAUAGAUAUGAGAGAGGAGGUGAUAAGCUCGGGGACAGUGGAUCCAGUUCCUGCGGUUGGUAGAUCCGCUUCUCCUCCCCAAACUCCGGCGGCGAGUUCUGCUGGGGCAUCUUCACCUGCUGUGCCUACAAAUGUAGGCAGCAUAGAUUGGUUGGGCAGUGCACAAGGUUCUAAAGGUGGCUCUCAAUCUGGUAUUGGUCAGCAGCCCCCGAAAACAUCCUUGAGCACAAAUGCUAUCGCUGAUGGUUCUACUCGGGGUUCCUCACAACCUUUGUGUAGGCCAUGGGAGCGAGGGGAUUUACUUUGCCGUCUUGCCACAUUUAAGCCCUCAAACUGGUCAGGGAAACCAAAGGGAGCCAGUUCCUUGUCUUGUGCCAGGAGAGGUUGGGUGAAUGCUGAUGUUGACAAAAUUGAAUGUGAGGCAUGUGGUGCACAUCUUAAUUUUCCUGAAUUGUCAUCAUCGUUGCCUCAUGAAGUUGACGGUGCUGGAGAAGCAUUUGCUGAGCAUCUUGACGCAGGGCACAAAGUUACCUGUCCUUGGAAAGGAAAUUGUUGUGCUGAUAGUUUGGUGCAAUUCCCUCCAACCCCGCCAUCAGCGCUUACUGGAGGCUACAAGGACCGGUUUGAUGGGCUGCUGCAAUUUCUCUGUCUUCCUGUAAUAGCUUCCUCUGCAAUUGAGGUUAUGAAACUCUCAAGGGGUGCACAGAUUGACCGUUUUUUGUUAACGCCACGUUCAUUUUCUUCUGGGGACUUGGGUUCAAAAGCAGACAGCAUGCCACUAUCAGAAUUCUCGCGAGAGGAUGCAUUUAGUACUUACUCUCAAGCCCAAAAGCUUAUAAGCUUGUGCGGAUGGGAACCAAGAUGGCUCCCAAAUGUGCUAGACUGUGAAGAACAUUCAGCUCAAUCCACCAAAAAUGCGUGCUCCUUUUGCCCAACUGGUGAUGAACCCCAUUAUUCUCACUUUGGUGAAGGUAGCAAGAGUAUGUUCUCUGCCCCAGCUAAAAAAGACAAAGGAAAGCAGAAAAAGUCUGCUCAAGAGUCUAGGUGUAGUUUGAGGUCUCCUUUAUUAGAUUGUAACUUGUGCGGAGUGACUGUCAGAAUCUUGGACUUUCUUACUGUUCCUCGCCCCGCUCGAUUUGGUCCCAAUAUCGGUAACACAGAUAAUGGAAAAAGGCCGGUGUUGACACGUGGAGCUAGUGCAGCCAGUGGAAUCAAUGGAUGGGUUGGUGCUGAUAGAGUAGAGAAGGAAAGGAUAGAGGAUCAUGAUGAAGCAGCGACGAGUGAUGUGGGGAAAUCAGUUUCGAAUGCUGGCAUGGAUCUCAAUCUGACAAUGGCUGGAGGAUUACCAUCUACACAGUCUGCCAUGCCUGUAAUGUUGGAGCAGUUAGAUGAUCGUGGUAUGGGUAGAGAUCUCAUAAUUGGUCAGCCUUCUGGUAGCGAGGUUGGUGAUCGUGCAGCUUCAUAUGAGUCUCGGGGUCCAAGCACUAGGAAACGCAACCUGGAGGAAGGUGGGAGCACAGUGGACAGGCCACAGGACAGGAUUCAGCAUGCAGAUAGCAUUGAAGGGACUGUUAUAGAUCGUGAUGCUGAUGAAAUAGAUGAUUCCCACAAUUCAGAUGGUCCCAUAAAGCGUUCCCGUAAAUUAGACAUUUUUGAUACCUAUCAUUCCUCGCGCAGGGUAGAUUCUUCAGGUGCUGGUCCCAGCCGUAAUAUGAGCCUUGAUAUUGAUAUAGAUGUUAACAGAGUUGAUUCUUUUAAAGAAGGAAGUGACUUUGCUGUAGGUCAUCCAUCCACUAGAGAUUCUGCUCGUGCAUCAUCCGUUGUUGCUAUGGAUACCAUUGGCCAUAGCGCUGACGAAGAUUCUAUGGAAAGUGUUGAAAAUUAUCCAGGAGAUUUUAAUGAUGUUCAUCUACCAUCUCCAAGCAUGUAUAGAAACCUUGACAUGAAUUAUGCAUUGGAACCAAAUUUCAGCAAUCAAGCACAGCAGAGCAGCUGCUUACAGCCUGCUGCUGGAAGUGUUGCUCACGAUAUGGGAGGCAGCAGUACCAAUGAAGGGGAAGAAAUCCUUAAUGCCGAAACUGUUACUGCUUAUGCAAGGGACAGGCUCAGUAUAGGUAUCAGUGGGGGAAGCGUCGGUAUGGGGGCAAGCCAUGAAGCUGAAAUUCAUGGGGCUGAUAUAUCGGUGUACAGAGCAGAUAGCGUUGUCGGUGAUGCGGAGCCGAUAGCCGAAGUUACUGAGAACGUAGGGCAAACUGGUGAAUCUACUCCAGGGCCUGGAUUAAUGGAUGAGUUUGUACCAGAAGAAAUGGGUAGAGAGGAUCCUCAAGGUGAUAGCCAAGAUAUGAUGUCACACUCAGUAGGAAAAGCUGACAGUGGUUCAAAAGUUUAUGGUUCAACAAAGGCUGAUUCUACUGAAAGCGGGAAGAAAAUAAGCAGUCUCCAACCUUCCCUGUCUUGCAAUGCAAUGAUAUCUUCUGGUUAUGACGCUUCUAAAGAGGAAGUCACACAGAAAGGGAAAGUGCCUCUUGAUUCAGAUUAUGCUAAUGGAAAUGGGCUAGGGCCAGCAAAUGGUGAAAAUGAUUAUGAAGCAGAAGCUGGAGAGUUUGAUCCUAUUAAGCAUCACAACAUCUAUUGUCCUUGGGUAAAUGGCAAUGUUGCUGCUGCUGGUUGUAAUGUUAACUGUGAUUUUAGUUCAAGCAACCCGGUAGCUGUUUGUGGUUGGCAGCUGACACUUGAUGCACUCGAUACUUUUCAAUCCCUAGGCCAUGAUCCAAACCAGACUAUGCAGUCCGAGUCUGCUGCUUCUCAAUAUAAGGAUGAUCACUAUCCUAGCCAGAAACUUCUGACACGCUCUGUAAGCAAAAAAAGCCAGGGGCAUCACUGACAGAGCCCUCAUUCAAGGUCUGAAGAGAGCAUUGUUUUGCAUGGACAAAACUCGGUGGCUCGGGUCCGAAGGAGGAGAUACUACGCUCUGCUUCUUUCCAAUGUAAUGUUAAUUAUAUCAACUGUACUUUUCAUCUUCUGUGUUCAGAGUGAACUGUAAGAUGCUCUACCGGGUAAUUGAAUUUCUGUCAGCUUUAUAAGAACAGAUUACUGUUCCUUUUUCCUAUUUUAUAACCAACGGUACGAUUUUGAACCGGCCAAUGAGAUGUAGAAACCUUAAGGGACUAUUAUGAACCAGCUCUCCUUGUAGUUCCAUGAUUUCACAAUCAAAGAUGGCUAUUUGCGAUGUAUAUGGUA